CUUGAAAUAAAACAAAACGAAAUGUCAAUGACGUCACGUUGGCGACAGUCGCGUUCUCAUUAUUUUUGUUUCGCAAUUUUUAGAAUAUCUGGGUUAUUUUAGCGCACGGUGCACAAAACCAAACGGGCACCGGAAUAAUCAACGGAAAUAUGGACAAUCAGUACUAUUACAAACUGAUGGCGAGUUAUCUGUCCAAACGGAACUGCGACGAGUCGUUUAUGAGGUAUUUCUUUGGGAAAACUUCGACAAAGAAGACACCCGAGGAAUUGGAGCGGGCGGACGAGCGCAAACGGAGGCUGCAGCGCGAGCGCUCGCGGCGCUACCGCGCGCUGAAGAAUGCGAGACGGCAGAACGAGGGAAGCGAAGAGGCGGCUUGGUCGAAGCAGCUCGCGCCGCCCGACGACGAGCCGAGCGACACGGACGAGCCGCCGACGCUUUGCGACCUGUCGUACGAGCCGGGCUCGUCGGACUGCGCGUCGGACGACAACUCUGCGCACUCGGCGGCCAGCGAGCCCGUCGCCGCGCCGCCCGCGCUCAGCCUGCGCGAGCUGCUCGCGCAGCCCAACGCCGAGCUGGACUACCCCACCGUGCACAGCCUCAUGUUCCACUGGCUGCAGACGUAACCGCCCCCGCGCCCGCGCCCGCUCCGCUCCACUCGCCACCCUACGUUACGUACUGAACACAAAGGAAACGCGCGGAGUGCGGUAGUGACACAUAUCAAUGCUUCAAUAGUUCACACGAGAAGACCGAGCCGUCCUGUUAAUUUUACUUAUUAGAGUAUAUGAUAACUUUGUCAUUAGCUUGUAGUCGCUCCCACGCAGCGAGGCGCUGCUCCUGUGGGAUCGGAUUGUGUCAAAUUUCCUGACGGGAGCAGUUUUUUGGUAAUAUAUGAUGUUUCAUGUAAUCACCCAAACAAUUCACACUGAAAUAAUUUAGUAAUUAGAAAAUUUCGAGCUUGAGCGAGCAGAAUUUUGCGAAGAUGACUGGUGGAGUGAUGUUGGGUGGUUGCAUGAGAAGCACUGCUGGUGCAACUAGUUGUAGAAUAUUCCAUUAGACAAUAAGUUGUUAUAAGUUGCCAUAUCCUAUUACUUAGAUACUCAACUAUUAUAUAUGAUAUAGAGAAGUAUAUAGUUACUAUAUACCUAUAGUUUGUGAUAUGAAUGAAUUUACAAUUUGUGUGAAAUCUACAAUGUUAGCUAGUAUGGUAAUGUUAGGAGGGAGCCAGGGCUCCAAGCACAUUCCUUGAGCCUCGUUGGUCAAGCUUGAGUCACAUUGGCAACAAGUACAUAUCUUACAACUUCAGUCCAUGGACAUAGUAUUUUAUAAUGGACAAUAAUGCAUAAUAUUACUAUUGUCUGUAGUAACUCACAUACAGCUUGUAAGUUUUACUUACAGUCUAUUGUAAGUAUGCAGCAUUUCUUCAAGUAAGAUAUUCAUAUUCGCCUAUGCAUGCUAUAGUUCGUUUUUUUUAGCAUAAGAAAUAAGGUAAACAAUCUUGAUGUCUUUAAUGAAAAAAGUCAUUUAAAAAAUAAAUUACGGCAAAUAUGUAACAAUUAUGAAUCUUAUACGAUCAUUUAUAUUGUUCUGCUUUCAUAAGUAAUAGUUUUUGAUUUUUAAAAAGCGUUUUUCAAUUAAAAGACAUUUCAAGAUCGCUUACCUUCUUGCAAGUUCUUUCUAAUGCUAAAAAAAACGAACUAAUGGGGGAGGCCAAUGUCCAGCAGUGGACGUCAUCUGGCUGAUAUGAUGAUGCAUGCUAAUAGCUAAGUAAAACUUACAUGAGGUAGUGGGCAUUCGUUUUGGUAGGAUAUUUUCGGUUAGUGUAGUUUAGGGUCUCCAAACUUAUUUUCCCUAAGGGUUACACUGUAACUGGGUCUUCUAGGCAGUUGUUGCUGUCGCAGGCCAGCCCAGAAACUCACCUGCUUCCAUUCUGCAGGCCAAAUAGGACCAUUCUGUGCGCUGUAGUCUGGAGACCCUAGUAGUGUAGGCUAUUGCAACUAACCCAUCGCUUGCUCCACUGCAUUUAACACACGCUUCUCAGUAGCUCUCUUUAUUAAUAAGUUAGAUUUGUUAAGUUUCUCGGUUGCUUUACAGCUAGGCCGGUUAGUAUUUAUUUCUGAAAAUUUUGUAUUUUGUAAACCUUUUUUUAUUAUGAUAAUAAGCUCUUAUACCUGCAUGCUAGUAUAUUCAGUUGCAUUAUCAAUUAAUUAACUAGUUUUUUAGCAUUUUUAGUUAAAGAAUUUCAAACUGCUGUCCCUAAUUUUUAAAAAUAUUUGCCUAUUGUCCCUCAACUCAUGGUUCAUUUGAGCCUUAAGCUGUACAGAUGAUAUCUGAACAGAGCACAAGAACAUGAAACAAUACACAAGAAAUAUCCUAAAAUUUUAAUAAUUUACUCGGAUAGACCAGCAUACACGACAGUUUGAGCUUAGUUGUAAGUAGGUGACAGCGCAUCUGGAGUGGCCACUGCGGCAACUUUAUUUUGGUUAAUACCUAUAAAUAAUUUGUGUACCAUUACCACCUACUACGAGUGGUAACAACUGGGAUGUUUUCUCAUCUGUUAGCACUGGGUGCAGUUGUAAAAAAACUUUAUGAUACCACUAGGUAUCAUUGAUAUCAACUUAGUGCUAACAGCUGGUUUGUAAUUAUUUUCACUUUCUGUUAUCAUCAGUUUGCUAUUAAAUCCAUAAAUGUUCUUCAUACAUGUAAGACAAAUGACAAUGCAAUAUUACUGGCCUAGGGCUGGCCAGAUCAGAGCCAUAUAGAGGCCAUAUUUAGUUUUUUUAUAGAUCUGCUGCUGGUUAAAGCCGCGGCCGGCCGCCAGGCGGCGCUAGUUGCCUUCACGAAUAUUAAGUAUAGUUUGUAACUAACAUGUAGGUACUGUAAGGUAGUGCCAUAUUAAAGAGCUUCCUAUUUUUAAA